AUUUACCGGAGAAUACGUUUUAUAAUCACCAAGCUGCCAGUGAGAGAGGGAGUUUUGAUUUCAAGAAGGAACUCUACAGCAGUAUCUCUAGAUCUCAAUUCUCAGAGUAGCCGAAAGGUCUGCAUCUGAAUAGUGAGUUGGUAGCAGGAUGUUUUCGCUACGACUUUAUUUACAUCUCUGACAUUUUUAAUUGUAUUGUCUUCAACUAAUGCUUGGGAUGCUUGGUUGACAUUUUCUCCGACUUUUUUAUUUUUUUUAUUACCAAGGAAGGUUGGUCAACCACUGCGAGGACAGCAGGCGUAAUUUUAAAACUUUGUUCACAAAUUGUAUAUUUCGUUUAUGGUAAAUAUGUAUAACAUUAUGGAGCACCAACUCAAGUCCUCUGGUCCCUCGCAUCAUCUUGGAACAGGGAUGCCACCUGCGAAUGGAGGAGGGGGGCACGGGGGCGGCCACACAGGAUCCAAACCACCGGCAAUCCAACCUGACCCGAUGGACAAAGUCAAGCGGCCCAUGAAUGCCUUCAUGGUAUGGUCUCGCGGCGAGCGACGGAAAAUGGCCCAGGAGAAUCCCAAAAUGCACAAUUCUGAGAUAUCCAAAAGACUGGGUGUCGCGUGGAAAUCUCUGACAGACGCAGAGAAAAGGCCCUUCAUUGACGAGGCCAAGCGCCUCCGCGCGGUGCACAUGAAGGAUUAUCCAGACUAUAAAUACAAACCCCGUCGUAAAACCAAACUAAUGCCGAAGAACAAUACUCUAGCCGCGCAGUAUCAGAUGUCGGCUGGUAACCACCUGCUGAGUGCGUCCACGGCUCAGGGACAAGGUGGAAACCCCAGAAUCGACAGUUAUGGCUGGGGCCACACCGGGGGCUACACGGCGGCGAUGCAGAGCGAGGCCCUCGGCUACAGCCAGCAACUUCACCGCUAUGACCUGUCAGCACUUCAGUAUCAGUCCAGCGUGGCCCAGGCCCAGGCCUACAUGAAUGGUGCCAACGCAUACAGCCCCAUGUCCUACAGCAGCAGCACCCAGCAGGUCAGCCCAGUGAUGUCUAUGGUGAAGCAGCAGUCUGAUGGCCACAGCAUGUCCCCCUCCCCUACGGGGACCCACAACCACCACCAGGCCCAGCGUGGUCUCCAGGUUCAGGGGGACCAUCUCAGAGACAUGAUCAGCAUGUACAUGCCCGGGGGGGAUGCCUCAGAUGCCCAGAGGGGGUACUCUGCAUCCGCAGCUAACAUCCAGCAGCAUUACCUGGGAGGGUCAGCUCCACUCACCCACCUUUGAAUUCACUCUUACCCACAACCUGAUCUCACUUGAUCUGCUGGGAUUGACUGGUGGCAGACUGAUGUGGUUAGUAAAUGUGUAGGGACUGAAGAAAGAAAAACUUCAUUUUAAUACAAAGAUGCGAUCAGUCACUGACACAAACACUAUUUGGUGGCAAGAUGAUGUCAUUGAUUGGUUUCAGUGUACAUUUUAGUUGGAACGCCUCAAUGGUUAUGAGUUAUUGCGAACAUCAGAUAUUGUCCCAUUCUGGCCUUUCUCUAAACCCACUCAUAUGAAAAUAGUUUUUAGGACUGCAACGGGAUCUCAAAAAGUUGAACUGGACUUUAUUUUCAUUAUGAACAAAAUGGUUUCGACGCUGACAAUCCCAAGUUUUUCUCCCAGACUGCCAAUUCUGUCUGUUCAGAAAAACGAAUGUACAUCUAAAUGAGUCGACACACUUUGAUUUAUAUUCAAGUUAACAGCAGUUGGUUUUUAUUUCACAGCUUUUUGAAACAAAACUGAACAAAUGUUUGAGGAUUUGGUUAUUGUUUAGUUUAAACCAAUGCUGCUUUUCUAAGGUGCAGGCCUUAUUUAGAGUUUUGAAAUGUAUUGAAAUGUUUUUAUUAAUGCCCUUAUAGUAAGGGCAUUGUUAUUUCAAGUCACUUGACGAUAAUAAUGUAAAAAUAAAAGAAAUAAAGAUUUGUUUUAUAAUUUU